AUGUCUCGAUAUGAUGACUACCGAUCGUCAACAGGGACCCUAGACUCUCGCGAUCGAUACGAUCGAUAUUCACGGGGUCCCCCGUGGCCGAACGACCCCGCCAUACCGAAGAGCGCUUUGAAGAGCGCCUCCGCGAGGAAGACCGAUAUGGCCCCCUGCGCGUGCACGCGGGAGAUUCUAUGA